AUGGCAUACUACUCAAGAACUAGAAAGUUUAUCAUGGCGGUAUGGGCUGUGGUAGAGACUGUUUUAUUUGGUGGUUUGAUAUUCGGAUGGGGAUCUAUUGUUUUCGUUUUGAAAGACAGUGGCGUCUAUUCAUACCUAUGUAAUCAGGAUGGUGAAGAUUCUGUAACAGGUUGUUCAGCUCAAGAUUCCAGAUUGUCUCUAGUAUUUGCUAUAGAUUCAGCACUCUAUGGUGUUGGUUGUGCUGUUAUUGGACAAAUCAACUAUAGAUAUGGAACAAGAGUUACUAGGAUCAUUUCAAGUCUUAUAUUUAUCACUGGAACUCUAUUGAUGACGUUUGAAAGUCCAAGUAUACCGUGGUUGGUGUUUCCUGGUUUAGCCUGUAUUGGUAUUGGUGGUAUACCUCUAUUCAUUACUAACGCCCAGAUCGGGAAUCUAUUUGAAACUGGAGGAUCAACAUUUGUUGCUAUGUUAUCUGGUGCUGUUAGUAUGUCUGCCAUUAUAGAACUCAUAGCCAAGGUCGCCUAUGAACAUGGAUUUUCUACUCAGAAGUUUUAUUUAUUGUUGACGGGUCUCUACAGUAUGACGUUCGUUUCCACAUUUAUAUUCCUUCCCAAAGAUUUUAUCACCAAAACACCAUCGACUUUAUUUGACAAACAUCAGAAAAAACAGAAAGAUGAACCAGUUUGCAUUAUAAGUUAUGUUAUAAACAAGGACGAUCUUGAUGAUAAAAACAAAGCUAAAGAUUUCCAUCUUGAAGAUAUGAACAGAAAUAAAUUAGAGAUAGAAUAUGAUACAGAGAAACCAUUUUUACCGUUAUUAAAACAUUGUAUAUUAUCACACGAAUAUCUCUUACAAGUUUAUUGGUUUUCUAUAUUACAAUUAAUCUAUUUAUAUUUCUUAUCAUCCUUAAAUCCAUGGUUAAAUCAAAUAUUUCAUGGUGAUGAAGUACAAGUGAGUUAUUUUACCAACCUUUUGCUAUAUCUAAUGAUGGGUAAUUUUAUCCUAUCACCAAUUGUGGGUGCAUUGUAUGAUUGGUUCCAAAGAUAUUACAAAGAUAGUUCCAGUAAAAAACGAAGAGAAAUGAUGCCAGCAGUUAUACCACUAAUGUGUGGUAGUGCGUUAGGUUUAAUAUUAACAAUUCUAAUGUCAUUACCAGCUUCAACAGCAACAUUGUAUCCAAUAUUUACUAUUGUGGUCACUUUCCGUUCCUUUGUGUAUAGUUCACCAGCAUCUGUCUUCAGUGCAGUUUUUCCUGCGCAAUAUUUUGGUUCAUUAUUUGGCAUAAUGAUCGUAUCGGCAGGUUUAAUAGGUUUGUUACAGUUUGCUUUAUUUACAUGGGCAGAAUCGACUAGUUUUAUUCGGGUUUGGCAUUGUUUAGUGUUUUUAGUAUGUACGACGUUAAUACAUCCUCUAAUUCAAUGGAGAGGUUGUAGACGUAUGGAAGAAAGCAUGAAAAAAGUUCCAGAUCUACUGAAAUCAUAA